AUGAACUGUAUUCAGCAGAUUGAUUGUGCUGGUACAAUUGAGGAACAAACUAGUGAAGGUACAUAUGUGUUAGAUUUAACAACAAUGAUCAACCCUGGCGAUCGAGAACUGACAAAAAUGUUCGCUGAUGUUGGUCUGGCAGGAGAAGAGAGCAAUGUCGAAGGUGAUGAAAGUAAUCUAACAGAAGCGACCGAUGAUGAGCGGUAA